CAGGACGGAGCUCCGCGGCGCAGCGCAGCAGCAGCAGAAGACGGGGGCGCGUCUAGUCCGGCCGGCCUGGGCGAGGAGAAGAAGGAGAAGGAGGACUGGCCGGGUUCGGGCAAAGCUGGCAGCCGGGAGGUGAAGCCCGGGAGCCCGCUCUAGCCGCUGCUGAAGAUGUCCAACAGCGGCCCCAAUCCUGAAGACAAGCCGCCAGCACCUCCCAUGCGCAAUACAAGCACCAUGAUCUGCUCCAGCGGCAAAGACGCCGGGACCCUCAACCACGGUUCGAAACCCCUGCCUCCUAACCCCGAAGAAAAGAAGAGGCGAGAUCGUUUCUAUCGCUCCAUCCUGCCGGGAGACAAAGCCAACAAGAAGAAGGAGAAAGAACGGCCGGAAAUCUCCCUCCCGUCAGACUUCGAACACACGAUCCACGUUGGAUUUGACGCCGUGACAGGCGAAUUUACAGGCAUGCCGGAACAAUGGGCCCGCUUGCUCCAGACGUCCAACAUCACCAAACUGGAGCAGAAGAAGAACCCUCAGGCCGUCCUGGAUGUUCUCGAAUUCUACAAUUCCAAAAAGACCUCGAACAGCCAGAAAUAUAUGAGUUUCACAGAUAAAUCCGCGGAAGAUUAUAACUCCUCAAAUACUCUGAACGUGAAGGCCGUGUCGGAAACCCCAGCGGUGCCCUCUGUGUCGGAAGAUGAGGAUGACGAUGAUGAAGCUCUCCCUCCGCCGGUCAUCGCCCCUCGGCCCGAACACACAAAAUCGAUUUACACCCGCUCCGUGAUCGAACCUCUUCCGCCAGCCCCAACCAGAGAUGUGACCACCUCCCCCAUCAACUCCCCUUCCGAAAACAGCAUCACGCCCCCCGAUACGCUGGCGAGAAGUGCCGAGAAACAGAAGAAAAAACCUAAAAUGUCCGAUGAAGAAAUCCUGGAAAAAUUAAGAGGUAUCGUAAGCAUCGGGGAUCCCAAGAAGAAAUAUACCAGUUUUGAGAAGAUUGGACAAGGGGCUUCGGGUACGGUUUACACAGCGAUGGACGUAGCGACGGCACAAGAGGUCGCCAUCAAACAGAUGAAUUUGCAGCAGCAGCCUAAGAAAGAAUUGAUUAUCAAUGAGAUUCUGGUCAUGAGGGAAAACAAAAACCCCAACAUUGUCAACUACCUGGACAGUUACCUUGUGGGAGAUGAGCUGUGGGUUGUCAUGGAGUAUUUGGCUGGCGGUUCGUUGACAGACGUGGUAACCGAGACCUGCAUGGAUGAAGGACAGAUAGCUGCGGUGUGCCGUGAGUGCCUUCAAGCGCUGGAGUUCCUUCACUGCAACCAGGUGAUCCAUAGGGACAUCAAAAGUGACAACAUCUUGCUUGGAAUGGACGGGUCUGUCAAGCUAACCGAUUUUGGCUUUUGCGCCCAAAUCACUCCUGAGCAAAGUAAACGCAGCACCAUGGUGGGGACGCCAUAUUGGAUGGCUCCCGAAGUGGUCACCAGGAAAGCCUACGGCCCCAAGGUGGACAUAUGGUCUCUGGGCAUCAUGGCCAUUGAAAUGAUCGAGGGGGAACCCCCGUAUCUCAACGAGAACCCCCUGCGGGCUUUGUAUCUCAUUGCUACCAACGGGACCCCGGAGCUGCAGAACCCCGAGAAGCUCUCCCCCAUUUUUAGAGACUUCCUAAAUCGCUGCCUGGAAAUGGACGUAGAGAAGAGAGGCUCUGCCAAAGAGCUGCUCCAGCACCAGUUCCUGAAAAUUGCCAAGCCACUCUCCAGCCUCACCCCUCUGAUCGUUGCAGCGAAAGAGGCCACCAAGAACAACCACUGAGGAGGGAAAAACAACAACAACCACACCAGCCAUUUCCUAAAUCCUUCUGCGAACAAUUUUCGGUUUUAUCCUUUGGGAAUUUUUCCUUCUUUCUUUCUUUUCUUUUUUUAAAGAAGACUCGUUCCUCUUCCGGGAUGUCUGCCCUGUUGCAGCAAAGCCUUUUAAUCAUUUUUAAUCAUUUUCUUCUUCCUCUGGUGACUUGGUAAAUCAUGAAAUUCGGACGGAGGAUCCAGCAACAAGACUUGACACGGCACGGAGUAACUCCGGAGUAACUCCGAGCUGAGGAGCUCUGCCUUUCUUGCAAGACUCCCGCAGAAAGUCCGGCUGAUCGCACAACCGUUGUGUUGUUGCCAAACAAACCCUGUAGGCCUCUUGCAUCUUUUAACCUACGGAUUUUUUUCAGAAGGAAAAAGAGAAGAAUAUUCCGCAGGAACUUUUUAGAAGUCGUUUUUCUCCUAAGCGAGACGCAGUCAUCCUGGAUACCUAAUUCUAAAAAAACUACUGAAAAUUUGUUUGGAUUACUUGAAAAAACUAGGCCAGGCAAAGAAAAACGUGGACUGUUUUUAUAAUUGCAGGGGGGGGAAAAGAGGUGGACUUUUUUCCCUUCAACCGCUGGAUGUUUGGACAAAGGUUUGCAUGCGUCAAAGAAGAUUGAAGUAGCUAGGGUGAAUACCACAAUCGCUGUGGUCCCCAUCCCUUUUUGGAAGAUUAAUUACUCGGUGAUGAUCAUGCAAUGUGUUUCGGGGUUUUGUGUGAGUGUACGUGUGUUUACACACCUGUGCGUGCAUGUGUGUGUAUGAGAAACAAAUUGUCCUCUGAUUAAAUCCCUACAGCUCGUUUCCCAUCUUAACCUGCAGUUUAGGACUGCUUAAUCUUGCCUGGUUGGUUAAUAACUUAAAACAGGGACUUUCCAGAUGGAUCGGAACUUCGGUUCCCAGAAUCCCCUCUUAGCCAGAGAGAUUCUGGGAGUUGAAGUCCAGGACAGCUGGAAAAGGACCGGAUUUUGGGGUGGGUGGGUAAAAGCUGCUAUGGUUUUCAUGAUCUCAGAUUAAACAAUACAGACGUUUUGCUCAUCCGGCCCUUAACUUAAGAAAGAGGGUUACACAAACUCUUUGAGAACGGCAGUGAAGAAAAGGGCUUGGAUAUUUUUGGUAAAGAAUCGCACGGUUUCCCAUUUGAAAUUUGCAAAACUCUGCAUAUCGAGACUGGUUUAUCUGAGCUUUUGAGCAACUGAGAAUUCAGUCUUUACAGACCCAGCUACGAAGUGAGCGUAUUAGCAUAUGCCGGGAACGUGGGGUCUCCUUUGUGUAAGAAAAACUUUUUAAUUUGUGCGAAGCGAAAACGAUGGAUGCAAAAUCAGCAGGUUUUGAAUAAACUAGAUCCUGG